AUGUUUAGUCUUUUAACCAUUAAAUACAUCCCAGCUUCAAAAUGGAAAAGAUUUUUUUCUAUUUCUCAACCAUCCUUAGAUAAAUACAGUUGUAAGGUUUUAAUCGUUGGUGGAGGAGCUGGUGGAUGUUCAUUAGGUGCAAAAUUAUCUAGAAUAAUGCAUAAAUCCCACGUGAUUAUUUUAGAACCAUCUAAUAAUCAUUAUUACCAAGGCUGGUUUACACUUUGCGGUGCCGGAAUAAAAAAAAUAAACCAAACCGUAAGACCCAUGAAAAAAGUACUACCAAAAAAUGUCGUGUGGAUUCAAGAUGCCGCAAAUGAAUUUAAUCCCGAGAAAAAUACCGUUACGACUCGUAAAGGGGUUGUAAUAUGUUAUGAUGUUUUAGUUUUAGCAACAGGAGUUGAAAUGAGUUGGGAAAAGAUUCCUGGUUUAUUACAAGCCCUUGAAUAUUAUCAGGAUGUUGGUAGUAUAUUUUCACCUAAAUAUGCCGAAAAAACAUAUUACGCUUUGAAUGGGUUUAAAGAAGGCAAUUUGGUGUUUACUUAUCCUAAAUCGCCAGUUAAAUGUGCUGGGGCACCACUAAAAAUAUGUUAUCUUUUGGAGGAUCUUCUCAGAUUGAAAGGAAAAAGACAAAAUGCGUAUUUUACUUAUCAUACACCAUAUCCAUAUUUAUAUACGGUAAAAUAUUACGAAAAAACAUUAAUUGAUAUUGCCGAAAGAAGAAAAAUUGAUGUUGUCUUACAAUCAAAUUUAGUUGAAGUUGUACCAGAUAAAUGUUUGGCGGUUUUUGAAAAUAUUGCAACUCAAGAUAAAUGUGCUAUACAGUAUUCAAUUUUACACGCAACUCCCCCAAUGUAUCCCCCAUGUUCAGUAAGAAGUUGUAAAUCGCUUGUAAAUAAAAUUGGGUAUGUUAAAGUGAACAAAUACUCAAUGCAACAUCUUGAAUAUCCUAAUAUUUUUGGAGUUGGUGAUUGCACUGCAAUACCAAACGCUAAAACUGCUGCUGCGUGUGCUUCGCAAGUACCAGUAAUAUUUAAAAAUAUCCAAUGUUUUCUUGCCGGGGAGAAAAUGUGUGCUUUUUAUGAUGGUUACGCAUCGUGUCCUAUAGUAACAGCAAUAGGAAAAUGUGUUUUAGCCGAGUUUGAUUACAGUUAUCAACCCAAAGAAACGUUUCCGUUCUCGCAAAAUCGCGAAUUGUGGAUGACAUAUAUUAUGAAAAAAGAAGUUAUGCCUCGAUUGUAUUGGAAUUUGAUGAUGAAGGUCAAUUUCAUUUAA